AUGGACGUGUCAAACACAAGGAGGAUUGUGCUGCUUGGAAAAUCCGGAGUCGGAAAGAGCAGCCUUGCUAACAUCAUAUUGGGAGAGGCCAAAUUCAAAGUGGACCAUUGUAAUGACUCAAAACUGAAAUGUUCUUCAGUAGAAACCAAAUCCAUCGACGGACGAAGUAUCACUUUGAUCGACACACCUGGCUUCUUCGAUGCAGGCCGGUCUGAGGCGGAGACGAAGCCGGAGAUGGUGCGGUGUCUCACAGAGAGCGCGCCUGGGCCCCAUGCUAUUCUCAUUCUGCUUCAAGUGGAGAAAUUCACCGAGCACGAGAGGGCCGUGAUCACGCAAAUGUUUCAGUAUUUCUCUGAAGAUGCAUUCAAACACGCCGUAAUUGUCUUCACUCAUGGCGACCAGCUCCCCGAAGGAAUGAAAAUAGAGGAGUACGUCGAGCAGAGUGAAGGUUUGAGUGAUCUGGUGCACAAGUGCGGAGGCCGGUGCCACGUCUUUGACAGUAAAUACUGGAAGAGCAAUGAAGGGCACCAGUACAGAAGUAACCAGUUCCAGGUGGGAGAGUUACUCAACACUAUAGAUAAGAUAGUGAUAGAAAACAAUCCAGCCUACUACACAGAUGAAAGUCUUCAAGACAUAGAAAGGGCUAUAGAGAGAGAGGAAGGGCGCAUUAGAGCAGCAUCAGGAAACAUGACACAGGAAGAGGUCAGAAAACAGGCGAAAGGCAACGUCUUGAAGAAGCAGGUGGACAACGCACCUCGAACCUGGAUUACAAAAAACAAGGCCGAAGAUAGUGCCAUGCUCAAAUUCCUGCUCUACCCUUAG